AUGUAUCACCUCGCUUCAUGCCUCGCCGUCCUCUCGAUCGUCACUCGUUCCUCGGCUACUCCGGUUCUUCCAACUGCACCAUCGCCCCAAUCCAUUCUUACGUCGUCAACCCUUCUAAGUCGAGAUGAACCCCAGCUACCCUAUGGCCAAGUCAUUGAUCGCUGUACCGUUCCAGGAACGAUCGCUUUCGCAUUCGACGAUGGUCCGUACAUUUACACGGAGCACGUCCUCGAUCUGCUCGCGGAUGCCGGAAUGAGUGCGACGUUCUUCCUCUGCGGCGAUUGGGAAGGAAACAUCUACGACUUUUCGCAUGUCGUCAAUCGGACUCUAUCAGAAGGACAUCAGAUUGGUUCUCACUCCCACUAUAACCUGACAACCGUCCCCUACCAAACCAUCCUCAAGGAGAUGUACGCCCUGGAAAAAGCCUUCUCGGACAUUCUGGGCUUUGUCCCGACAUAUACUCGCACGCCCUGGAUGCACGUCAACGAGCUCGUCCUUUCCGCUCUCGCAGACCUGCAGUACCAUGUCAUCGGGGCAAGUAUCUUGACCGAUGACAAGGCGAAUAAUUCACCUGAUCGGACCGAGCGCAGUGCGGAGAUGUUCCGUGAGGGUCUCGAGCAAGGCGGUAGUAUUUCCCUUGCGCAUGAGACGCAGCGAUAUACAGCGGAGAGCUUGGUGGAGAAGAUGAUUGAGGAGGUUGAGAAGAGAGGGUUGAAAGCUGUUACGGUUGGAGAAUGUUUGGGUCAUCCGCAAGAGCUGUGGUAUCGAGAGCGCUGA